AUGCCUAGUAUCGGUUCCCAAGUGAGAAAGGCUGCAGCAAGCAUUGAUCCUAUCGUCACUGAUUAUGCCGUAGGAUAUUUCAAUCAUUUAUCCGGUAUCACUUUCGAUGCCGUUCAAAGUAAGCAAGUCGAUUUGCCCAACGAAGUCAAGUUCGUCUCUGAUUUGCUGGUUGAUGCAGGCGCUCCAAGGAGCAAAGUGGAUGAAUUGGCCCAAAGCAUAUUGGAGCAAUUGAGUAUCCAACUAAAGGAAAAUGAGGCCAAAUUGGAACUAACUGGUGAUACAUCAAAGAGACUGCUAGACAUUAAUGUCUUGAAGAGCCACAAUAGUAAGUCCAACAUCAACACCUCCUUGAGCAUGAUGGGUGUCAACGGUGACAUUGAACAUGCUGGUAGAAAUAUGGAAACCAGAGUGGAUUUGAAAAAACUAGCCAAGGCUGAACAAAAGAUCGCCAAGAAAGUCGCCAAGAGAAAUAAUAAGUUUGUUCAAUACGAGGCUUCAAAAUUGAUCGAUGACGAAAAGGACGAAGACUACGAUUCCUUCUUCUUGCAAAUCAACCCACUGGAAUUCGGUUCAUCCGCCGGUAAAUCAAAAGAUAUUCAUAUCGAUACUUUCGAUUUGUAUGUCGGUGAUGGCCAAAGAAUUCUUUCUAAUGCUCAAUUGACCCUAAGUUUCGGCCACAGAUAUGGUCUUGUGGGUCAAAAUGGUAUCGGUAAAUCCACUUUACUAAGAGCCUUGUCUAGAAGAGAACUAAACGUUCCUAAACACGUUUCCAUUCUGCAUGUGGAACAAGAACUUAGAGGUGACGAGACAAAGGCCCUGCAGAGUGUCUUGGAUGCUGAUGUUUGGAGAAAACAACUGCUAAGUGAAGAAGUCAAGAUCAAUGAAAGGUUAAAGGAAAUGGAUACUUUGAGAAGCGAAUUCGAGGAAGAGAGUUUGGAAGUUAAAAAAUUGGACAAUGAAAGAGAAGAUUUGGACAAUCAUUUGAUACAAAUCUCCGAAAAAUUAGUCGAUAUGGAAUCCGACAAGGCUGAAGCGAGAGCCGCUUCCAUAUUAUACGGUUUGGGUUUCAGUACAGAGGCACAACAACAACCUACCAACUCGUUCUCUGGUGGUUGGAGAAUGAGAUUAUCACUGGCAAGAGCCUUGUUCUGUCAACCAGAUCUGUUGCUAUUAGAUGAACCUUCCAAUAUGUUGGAUGUCCCAUCCAUUGCAUACUUGUCAGAAUACUUGAAAACUUAUCCAAACACAAUCUUGACAGUUUCUCACGAUCGUGCAUUUUUGAACGAAGUCGCUACAGACAUCAUAUACCAACACAACGAAAGAUUGGACUACUAUAGAGGCCAAGAUUUCGAUUCCUUUUAUACCACAAAGGAGGAACGUAGAAAGAAUGCUCAACGUGAAUACGAUAACCAAAUGGCUUACAGAAAGCAUUUGCAAGAGUUUAUCGACAAGUAUAGAUACAAUGCUGCCAAAUCACAAGAAGCUCAAUCAAGAAUCAAAAAAUUGGAAAAACUUCCCGUUUUGGAACCACCAGAACAGGACAAAACCGUUGAUUUCAAAUUCCCUGAAUGUGAUAAAUUAUCCCCACCUAUUAUUCAACUACAAGACGUUUUCUUUGGCUAUAAUGAAAACAACCUGCUAUUGAAAGACGUGAACUUGGAUGUUCAAAUGGAUUCUAGAAUUGCGCUUGUGGGUGCUAACGGUUGUGGUAAAACUACAUUACUAAAGAUCAUGAUGGAACAAUUAAGACCAACCAAGGGUUUCGUAUCAAGAAACCCAAGGUUGCGUAUUGGUUACUUCACGCAACAUCAUGUGGACUCUAUGGAUUUGAACACUUCUGCCGUGGAUUGGAUGUCUAAUUCUUUCCCAGGUAAGACCGACGAAGAAUACAGACGUCAUUUGGGUUCGUUUGGUAUCACUGGUACUUUGGGUUUACAAAAAAUGCAACUGUUGUCCGGUGGUCAAAAAUCACGUGUGGCGUUUGCUGCCUUGUGUCUAAACAACCCACAUAUCUUGGUUCUGGAUGAACCUUCUAACCAUUUGGAUACUACCGGUCUAGAUGCCUUGGUGGAUGCCUUGAAGAACUUUAACGGUGGUGUUUUGAUGGUUUCCCAUGAUAUCUCCGUUAUUAACUCUGUCUGCAAGGAGAUCUGGGUCUCAGAAGAAGGUACCGUCAAGAGAUUCGAAGGUUCUAUUUACGGCUAUAGAGAUUAUAUCUUGGAAUCUGCUGAUGCCGCCGGUGUCGUUAAAAAACAUUAG